AUGUACUGCUGUCCCACAAUUUGUCAUCAUAGAAGAAGACCCUACUGUCCCACAAGGUUUCUUGCUGAAACUUUGGAUGUUGUUCAAGACAUUGAUUGGGUCAUUUCUCUUGGAAAUGCUUUUGCAAAGCAGUAUGAGCUUUAUACAUAUGAUGAUGAGCAUUAUGCACUACUUCACAGCUUUCUGAAUGCAAGCUUAUUUUGGUGUUGGAUUAAGUGGAGUUCUGGCUUGGUGUGUGCGAGUAGGAAGGAACCAACCCAAUGCCCCCGGAGUUCUGGCACCUUCCAUCUUUACUUCCUAUGUAUCCAGGGUCUUGUUCAAUGCUUUAGCUGUGUUUGCUCUAAGGGAGAUCAACUUAUCAAAAGUAACCUUCUCAACAACAACAUUCUACUUAAGAAUGUGAGUAAUCAAGAUUAA